AUGCAAGCUCCGUUUGGCUCGAUUACCGCUGGCCCCCACGCACUCAGGUCGGCCGGCGCCUUCUUCUUCCAGUCCGCGGCGUUCCGCUUUCUUCAAUACACGCUCAACGACCUCCUCUGGUAUGUACUCAUGAAGUACCUUGAAGCGGACGGCCAGCAGUACUCGGAAACCCUCACUCUUAUUGACGCGACGAGCUAUCUGCGCUUCUUCUUUUGCGUCUUCUCGGACAUUUGGCCGAUGUUUGGCUACCGCCGCAAGAGCUGGCUCCUGCUCGGAUGGGCCAUCGCCGUCAUCGCGCUCAGCCUUGGCACGGUGCUUCCCAUCGGUGCUCCGUACUGCGACUUUGUCAAGUACCCCGUCGACUGCAUGCGGAACGAGCGCAACGACGCACCCUACGCCGCGUUCAACUCGAACGCCACCGACAAGGCCGGCCGCUACACCCGACUCUUCGCCGGUGCGGCGCUUGGUGUCGCCGUCAUCGGGGCUGCCUUGAACGGUCUCAUGGUCCAGUACGCACAAGUGCAAGACGAUUCGGUGCGUGGCAGUCUCCAAGCCAGCUUCUAUUGUGCGACGACGGUCGGCCGACUCGCGUCGUCGCUUCUGCAGCAGUUUGCGCUCAACUUUACGACCUUUGGUGGCGACUACGACUGGAUCCUCGACGUCCAAGCUGCGUUUGGUCUCUGCCUCGCGGUGGCGCUUCUCGCGAUGGUCUCGACGCUGUGGCUCGACGAGGUCAAGUCGACGCGGUGCCAGUUUGGCGUCUGGUGGACGCAGCUCUGGGCCCAGCUGCAAACGCGCGCCGUGUGGCGCGUCGUUGCUUUCUACAUGUUUUUCGGCAUGUUUCAAGGCGUGUACAUGAAACCCAUCACGAGCUGGCUCACGGGCUCGAGCAAUGAUUGGUUCAGCACCGUCGACUGCGUCGUGCCAUUUCUCGUCUAUGCCGUCGUCGGGCGCGUCGGUCGGGCGUGGUCCUGGCGCACGGCGAUUCUCAUGUCGUCGCUGGCCUGCGUCGCUCUCCGCGCGUUCUCGGUCGUCAGUGUCACGCAGGACAUUGACCGCAGCGCGACGUUCAACAGCAUCUUGCUCGUGCUCAUGCAAGCGGCCAUGUCUGUGACGGAGCUCAUGUGCGGCUUUGUCCUUGUCGAGACGACGGGCGCCGGCUACGAAGCGACGUUUGCGGGGCUCCGAAUCGUGAUCUCGUACGCCAACAGCACGUGGAUCAACCAGUGGUCGACCUUUAUUCGCGAGAAACUGCGGAUCGAACCGAUCUCGACCAAGGACGGUGAGGAUACUUUGCUCACUGAAAUUGUGCACGCAAGCUAUGUUGUGCUGGGCAUUCAGCUCAUCGGGCUUUGCUGGAUCGCGCUGCUUCCGACGCAGAAGGCGCGGCUUCUCGAGCUCAAGGACGCGGCGACCGCAAAGCCACUUGCGGGCUUCCUCGUCGUCAUUGGCGUUAUGAGCCUUGUAUCGUACCCGCUUCGCGACCUCCUUUUCAGCCUCGUGGAUUAUUUGAACGCACGCGACGAGUAA